CGUAGUUUCCAUGUUCCGUCUUCGCUGUCAGACAGCCUCCCGGUUCGGCAAAAUAUUGAUGAAGGAGCAGAAUCUGAUGAUAUUCUGUACUUACAGCAACCUAAUGGGUUGACGCAAGAUACACGGUAGAAUUGAGAUGAGGAAUGAGCUCACAAUAAAUAGGAAAAGAUCAGAAAUCGUAAUACUGAGGUGCUAAAAAUAGGCAAAAUGGCGACCAACGUUCUGCAAACAAGUGAAAAUCGCGAACGGGAAAAUGAUGUGAACAGUGUUAAAGAAGGAUCGGAAGAUGAAUGUGACGAUGAUGGGAAACAGAAACUAAGACCGCCUCCUAUAGAGGCUCCCACAAAUGUGAUGGGCCAUGGACCCCGGACCCCAGGAGGGUCGAAGGAGAAGGAGAAAAAGAUCGGACACAGACGAGUAGACGAGACUGGAAUUGUUACAUACAAAAAGAAACCGACGUCGGAGUUGAUGGCUGCGAUACAGCUGGGGAUCGGGGCCAGUGUGGGAGGGCUGUCCUCGAAACCGGAACGCGAUGUCCUGAUGCAGGAUUUCCAAGUUGUCGACAGUGUGUUUUUCCCAGCAGAAGGAAGCAACCUCACACCCGCUCACCACUGUAGUGAUUUCAGGUUCAAAACCUAUGCUCCGAUUGCGUUCAGAUAUUUUCGAGAGUUGUUUGGAAUUCAGCCUGAUGAUUUUCUGCUGUCCCUAUGUGACGACCCCCUAAAGGAACUGUCUAAUCCUGGUGCUAGUGGAAGCAUUUUCUACCUUACCUCGGACGAUGAGUUCAUCAUUAAAACUGUUCAACACAAAGAGGCGGAUUUCUUACAGAAACUACUUCCUGGAUACUAUAUGAAUUUAAACCAAAAUCCACGGACGUUGUUGCCCAAGUUUUAUGGUCUGUAUUGUUACCAGUGUGGUGGGAAAAAUAUCCGGUUUGUAGUUAUGAAUAAUUUACUUCCAUCUUCUGUUAAACUCCAUGAAAAAUAUGAUCUUAAAGGAAGUACGUACAAACGCAAGGCGUCGAAACACGAACGCAGUAAGAGCAGCCCGACACUUAAGGAUUUAGAUUUUAGUGACAUUCAUCCCGAAGGAAUUCUACUGGAGAAAGACAAACACGACGCCUUGGUGAAAACCAUACAGAGAGAUUGUCGGGUGCUAGAGAGUUUUAAGAUCAUGGAUUACAGUUUACUGUUAGGGGUAUAUAACUUGGAUCAGGCAGCAAGAGAAAAGGCUAAAGAAUUGGAGACAGUAAAUCAAGAGACGACGACAAACUCAAGUGCGGGGACGUCCCAGGGCGGGGCAUCGUCCCUACCCCCUGAUGCACUUGCGGACUCUUACCCAGGUGCCACUACUACUCCCCCUAAAACAGGUUCUUCGCUGGCGAGGACCAAGUCUAUGAAGACACGAUUAGCCAAUUUUUCGACAGCCAUUGAGGCGAUUCAAGCUUCACGAGGAUAUGAUGACGAUGAAGAUGAGGAUGAAGACAUUCCGCCUGGUGGUAUACCAGCUAAAAACGCCAAAGGGGAGCGAGUCCUGAUGUACAUGGGAGUGAUCGACGUUUUACAGAGCUACAGGUUUAAGAAGAAAUUUGAGCACACCAUGAAAUCCAUAGUUAUAGAUGGGGACACUAUAUCAGUACAUCGCCCUAGCUACUAUUCCCAAAGAUUCCAGACCUUUUUCGAAAAGCGUGUUUUUAGAAAGCUACAGACACCCUUGAAGCACUCUCCUUCUAAGAGGAAGCCAGGUGGUCCUAAGAAGUCGUCUGGUCAGUCAGAGUCCGAGGGUAUUACGGAAGUUCCGAGGAGGACAACGGUCACAGAAAGGUCACAUAGAACCAUUAGUUUUACAGAAGACACAACACCCAUUCCAGGCACAACAGGGGGCCGGCCCGAUCUACUGCCAGAAAAUUCCACACCACCCCCAACAUUUGACGAGGCGGUGGGCUCUCUGACACCAAAGAGAGAGCGCAGUAGGACCGACAUAUCUCAUUCUCCGAAGUCUGUGUCGCCCUCUGGCGAGAGUAUAAAUGAGGGUAGGAGACCUGAAGCCCAGGUGAGCGGUACAUUCCAAGUAACCUACCAGGAGUCCAGUACUUCUCUGUCUCACACCUCCCCGGUGAUGCGAACCUCCCCGCCCCUCAGCAUCUCCGAGUCGACGCCCACACAUACUGACUACACCGAAGGAACGCCGAGCUACACCCCGUCUAGUCCGAGUUGUUACAGCGACAUAGAUCAAGCUUUUCAAGCUGAGCUGGACAAGGACAUUCAGGCAUCACCGGUGUCUCUCUCCCCUGCGAGGUCAAAGGUCACUGUGAUCACGACAAGCAGUACUGAGACGUCGUACACUAGUGCUCUGGAAAACCCUUACAACAGCGACAGUGAACGCGGACCAACAAACUCGGACAGUUACCAUGGUGACAGUGCAAGACCUUCACCCGUCAAGGGGGGUCAAGGUCACCACAGUAAACCACAGAAUCAAGAUCACAUAUCAACAACAGUGACAAAUUACAAUGAUAUUCAAAAAAAUUCCACGUGGAAUAGUGAAGGAGAUGAAAGGUCAAAGGUCAAAGGUCAAGUGUUACAGGAGUUGGAGGUGGAGGAGUCGGAAGUGCAUCAUAAUGACUUUGACCUCUCCUUGACCUAUGACUCCGAUGACUCAUCAUUUAUCACGAACAGCGAGAUCUCAUCUACGUUUUCUAAGCUUGAAGAUCCUUCUUCUUCUGGUUUCCGUGGUGAUGGUGUUAACAGUAUCCCUCCUGAUGUCACCUCUACUAAUACUACUUACUUGCGUAGACCAGCCACUAACACUACCCAUAAGACUAUUCCGUCAAAACCUGGAGGUCUUAUAAACUUCCUUGGCGCCGGAAGCUCCCCCCCAAAGCAGUCAGCUGACGGUCAGGCAAAACCACAUAAAAAUGUUAAUUUCAGAGUUGAGAGUGAUUCCAGUGGAAGCCUAACCCACAAGGGAGGUUCUGUUGGUUCAUCCGACAGUGAUCACUUUCAUCUACAGAAAUCUACAGGAAGCAAGACCUCCGCUUUCUCUGUGUUUAGAAAGCUUGGUUCGAGUGACAAUAAACUUCCUGAUAGACGGGAUAAGGCUAAACCCGCCCGGUCGGUUAGAGGCAUUAGUGUGGGCACUUUCAGACCAAUUCAGGAGACAUCCUUACAUAGACCAGUCAGUCUAAUCAGUCUAAAGGACUUUCGGACAUUGUCCACUUCACCAGUGUCAGAUGACCAGUCCAGAAGGCACAGGACACUGUCCACGUCACCUUUGGCAGAUGAACAAUCUAAAACACAUCAGGAGAAUGAAGACCGGGAAUCGACACAUCUAUAGACUUGAGCUAAAACAAACAUGUCAGGUUUUCGUUUCCCAGGCAUCGGACUUUAGAUAACUUAGGGCCUUUUCGUUUAUGCUGGUUUGUCUGUGAUUAAACGUCCCAUUUUUUGGUAUAAAUCCUGGCGGAAGUUCAUUCAGGCCUUGCAAGGCUUUGUCAAGGCAUGCCUGAAAACAGCAUCUGCUUCCUUAGUUCGACGUUAUUUCAUGAACAAACAACUUUGGUACAACCGGUUCAACUGUUUGGAUGGCGAUAAACAAAAGAGACCUUAAUUAGUGUCUGUACGAAGAUUAACAGUGUCAGGACAUUUAUGCCUUAGCAUUUUAACAUCUUUCUUAUGUAUUAGCAGUAUUUGAUGUCUUAAUUACAGAUAUAAUAUUAAGUUUUCAUUCUAAUAUAGCAAAACACGAAUAAUGUGUACUCUACAGUGACGUAAAAUAAAUUUAAAAUCUUCAUUUUUCUCUCACAGAUACAAAUAUGGUGACUUCCUUAGAAAAUCGUCUGCAAUGCAAAGUCCAACAUCUUGUACACCAUUAAAUAUUUGCUGUGUUGAUUUUAAAUCCCAUUCGCUUAAAAAAACCAUCUUCGAUAUUUGUCACAAUUGCAACCUCUCAUCAUGUUUCACACUUGAUUACAAAUUAAUGUAGUUAUAUAUACUGUAUAUACCUCCUACAGAGAUCCGUGUGUUGGUCUUAUGUUAUACAUGGUAGUACAUAGAUUGUAGCAUUUAGCUUGGUAACUUGGACAAAAAUGUAUGUUGUUGUACCUAGUUUCACUAAAAAAA